AAAGAAACUUUGCUGCUUUUGACUGCUGCCUGUCCAGAGGUACAAAAGGUACUUCACCUGCCUGGUGGUCUGCAGUGUGAUGGAGCCCAGAAGUCUGGAUCUUCCUUUUGAGAUUCGGGCUUCAUAGACAUCCCCACUGUGAUGACUUCACAAUUUCAAAGGGAGUUCAAACCCGGGAAGGAGACCAUGGGACCAGUAGAUACUUCAGAUCAGAAGGCGGGGGAAUUUUUAUUCUCCAAGAACCACAACGCCCAGAGCCACAAUGCACACUUUUGGGAACGUGCCUGUCAAGGCCUUCUGAGCAGCAAGCUUCUGGGCCACCUUCCUCUUCAUAACCAAUGCCAUUGGCCCUUGCCAAUCCCUGCUCAGCAGCCACAGCAGUCUAUCUGCUCCAGUCCCACAGCCUGCCCUGGACUGAGCCCUGAAGGGAAGGCUGUGGAGUCUACAGAAACACAUCUUUUCCAGGAUGUUGAAAUGAGCCUGACUCAGAGAGAAGAUAUGCAUAUUUAUGUAUGUUUUACAAGAACAACUAACCUUGAAAAAAUGCAGAAUAACUUGGAGAGGACUGAAUUAUGCUUACUUUUCAAAUUCUCAAUACUCCUUUAUUUUCUGAGUGGUGAUUUAAAGUCCUGGGUAUCUGUUGAAGAGUCUGGGAAAUUUGACACAUGGAAUAUGAAAGAAUGGAGUUUCUUGAUGCUGCCUUUUUGUACUUCAACAUAUUUAUCAUGGGUGCUUCUUGCACAGUGGCUGCUAAAUUCAGAGUGCAGGGCCAGGAAUUUGGCUCAGUGGUUCCGCCUCCUGUCUUGUAAGCAGAAGGACCCGAGUUUGAUUCCUGGUACCAAGAAAAAGAAAGAAAGAAAGAAAGAAAUUCAGAGUGGAUGUGAUUCAGGCGUGAUUCCUUUGAAAAGACAAUGCAUAGUACUGUAUUUAGGAUGAUUGUAGGAGAUAUGUAAUAUCUAGCUUUCCCUCUUUCUGUGACUUUUAGCAUCCUUUGAUGUUUUAGUACCAAAUCAAUAAUCCAUUGGCAGUUGUAAAAUGGUGUUUUUCUAAUACUAUUAUUUAAUUUUCAUUUAUUAAUCAGAAUACCUUUAUGAAGAGAAACUUCCUUUCAUUUCCUAUUUAAUUACUUUGCAGUGCAGUUCAUUGGAAAAAUUGUUAUUUCUGUCCUCUUAUUUACAAGUUCAUAAGAUAUUGAGUUGGUUCAGUAUCAUUGUCUAAAGUCAUCCAAAUUUGAAAUAUUGUUAUGAAAUUUGAGAAUUUAUACAAUGUUUUGCAAUCCUGUGCAGUUGUAUCAUUGUUAGAUAUUACAUAUUAUAUGACUGACUUUUGUUUAAUUCUUGUGUGACUUUAUUAUCUAUGUGGGAAUGGCUUCUUCAAUAACAGUCAUUUUUUUCUUUUCUUUUGUUU